GCAGGUGCCAAGGUCUCCUCGCUCGCCGUGGGAGGAGGAUCUCGGCGAGAUAAUCCCGGACCGUUUCAGCUUCACAGGGAGGAUUCCCCUGCCUUCAUCCUAAAUCCGGGAAAGUCACGUGAUCCGGCCCACAACCUGCCAGCCCUGCCGCGACUUCCCCCGAGGGCCACCGCAACCGGCCCCACCCCGCGCUCUGCACUCCUCCCCUCCCUUCCAAUUGGCCCCAGAGAAAAGUCCAGUGCCGGCCCCGGACCUAUAAUAAGCCUCGUUCCGGACCGUCUAUGGCAGUUUCGCGCGGAAAGCCGGCGCCCAAAGUAGCAUCCCUUUCCCUUUUAGAGGCUUUUUCUCUCUCUUGCCUCCGCGUCAGGAUCUUGGUUCUUCCUUGCGAUCGCCUGGAGGAAAGUCGAUCCCUUGAAAUCGGGUCUCCAGAGAGAAAUCAACCGGUCGCAUCGCAGCUCAGAUUGCUGAUAGGAAAUCCUUCCCCGCGGCUAGAUUGCGCUAAGGCCAUCUCCUCCUCAGACGCACGAGUCGGCACGCUCCUGCUUGAUCUCUUCCCCUCCAUCGAGCUAGAGCCUUCUGCUGAGCAGUCUCUUUUUCUCCUUUUCCUUCUUGUAUUUUUAUCCAACCUGCUGUGGGCAUAUCCCACCUGGCUGCGCACGACGAGACCGGCCAGCUUCCUGCUGCACGCGGCUUUUAAGGUUAGGUCCCGCCUGUAGCCAAAUACCACCAGCAGUCGGAGGUUUGGUUAGAUUCCUCCACCAGAGAGAGACCCCAGUUGGUCGAUUGCAUGUUGAUCUCCUCUCCCUGCAGUUCCACGCCACGUGCGGCUAGCUGGUCUCUCAGGUCCUCGCUAACGCUCCUUCGCCGCACGCAGAGAGAUCCAUCCCUGGCGUCAUGAGCUCCCCCUUAAAGCGAGUCCCCCUGCUCAGCUCUCUCUUGAAGCGGCGAGGCCCUGGCAGCGCGCCCGUCCAGCAGCAGCUGCUGCCCACCUCGUCUGUGUGUGCCUUGCAGCCCAAGGAGGAGAUGCCCGCUUGCCCCAGGCAGGCCCCCCACUCGCUUUCUGCCUUGCCUGGUCCCACCAAGUGGCCUCUGAUGGGCAGCCUCUUGGACAUCCUCUGGAAAGGGGGCCUCAAGAGACAGCACGAGACGCUGGCUGAUUACCACCGCAAGUUUGGCAAGAUCUUCCGCAUGAAGCUAGGGGCUUUUGACUCUGUGCACAUCGGAGCACCCUGCUUGCUGGAGGCCCUUUACAGGAAAGAGAGUGCUUAUCCACAGCGACUUGAGAUCAAGCCCUGGAAAGCCUACCGGGACUACCGUAAAGAGGGCUAUGGGCUGCUUAUCCUAGAAGGGAAAGACUGGCAGCGAGUAAGAAGUGCAUUUCAGAAAAAAUUAAUGAAGCCUACAGAAAUUGUGAAGUUGGACACCAAAAUCAAUGAGGUCCUAGAAGAUUUCAUACAUCAGAUAGACACACUUUGUAACAAGAAUGGAGAAAUAGAAGAUUUAUAUUCUGAACUGAACAAAUGGUCAUUUGAAAGUAUUUGUCUGGUACUGUAUGGGAAAAGAUUUGGACUCCUGCAGCGGGACAUCGGAGAUGAAGGCUUGAACUUUAUCAAGGCUGUAAAAACGAUGAUGUGUACAUUUGGGAAGAUGAUGGUGACCCCAGUUGAACUCCACAAAAGCCUGAAUACUAAAGUUUGGCAGGCUCAUACAAAGGCAUGGGACAAUAUCUUUAAGACAGUGAAAUGUUCUAUUGACAGCAGGCUGAAGAAACAUUCUGCCAACCCCACUGAGGAUUUCCUCUGCGACAUUUACUUUGGGAGUCAGCUUUCAAAGAAAGAGCUAUAUGCUGCCAUCACAGAGCUCCAGAUUGCCGGAGUUGAAACGACUGCCAACAGUUUACUCUGGGCUCUCUACAACAUCUCAUGCAACCCACACGUCCAGGUAAAGCUGUUUGAGGAAAUACAGAGUGUGGUCUCGGCUGGGGAGAACCCAAAUGCUGAACAUCUGAAGAAAAUGCCCUAUUUAAAGGCCUGCCUGAAAGAAUCUAUGAGGAUAACACCAUCUGUGCCAUUUACCACUCGGACCCUAGAUGAAGAAACAGUCCUUGGAGACUAUGCUCUUCCUAAAGGGACGGUGUUGAUGAUCAACAGUCAUGCUCUGGGAUGCAAUGAAGAAUACUUCAGUGACUGGAGUCAAUUUAAGCCAGAGCGUUGGCUCCAGAAAAAUAUAAAUCCUUUUGCUCAUGUUCCAUUUGGGAUUGGAAAAAGGAUGUGUGUCGGACGCCGCUUGGCAGAGCUGCAGCUGCAAUUAGCUCUCUGUUGGCUCAUCCGGAAAUAUCAGAUUGUAGCAACUGAUGACAAGCCAGUGGAAGCCCUGCACUUGGGGAUCCUCAUCCCCAAUCGAGAACUUCCCAUCGCCUUCAGAAGACGAUAAAGAUACUUUUUGAAGGAAAACAGUGGACUGCUGCUUUUUCUGCAGAGUUGAAUGCUUGGAGCCCCAACUCCUUCAGCAACCAGUGGCUAGGCAUGUUUUGAGCUGUGUGCUGUGGAUGGG